AUGUCCGGCCUCCGAUUCCUCGACCUGGUGAAGCCAUUCACACCCCUCAUCCCCGAAGUUGCAGUCCCCGAGACCAAGGUUCCAUUCCAGCAACGUAUAAUAUGGACGAGCGUGACACUGGUCAUCUUCCUGGUCAUGAGCCAGAUGCCGUUGUACGGCAUUGUGUCUUCAGAUACCUCCGAUCCGCUAUACUGGCUUCGUAUGAUGAUGGCCAGUAACCGUGGAACUUUGAUGGAACUCGGAAUCACACCAAUCAUCUCAUCCGGCAUGGUUUUCCAGCUUCUGGCUGGCACCCACCUCAUCGAUGUUAACCUCGACCUCAAGUCCGACCGCGAGCUCUAUCAGACCGCGCAGAAGCUGCUGGCGAUCAUCCUGUCUUUUGGUCAAGCUUGCGUCUUCGUGCUCACUGGUCUUUACGGUCUCCCUGCGGAUCUUGGUGCUGGCAUCUGUGUCCUCCUCGUUGUUCAGCUUCUCACCGCAGCUCUGAUUGUCAUCCUCCUCGACGAGCUGCUGCAGAAGGGCUACGGUCUUGGAAGCGGUAUCUCGCUUUUCAUUGCCACCAACAUCUGCGAGUCCAUUGUCUGGAAGGCCUUCUCUCCCACUACCGUCAACACCGGUCGUGGUCCUGAAUUCGAGGGAGCAAUCAUUGCUCUGGUCCACUUGCUGAUCACCUGGCCCAACAAGCAGCUCGCUCUCCGUGAGGCCUUUUACCGUCAGAACCUGCCCAACAUCUCGAACCUCCUGGCUACCAUUGUUGUCUUCAGCGUGGUCAUCUACCUCCAGGGUUUCCGUGUCGAGAUCCCCGUCAAGUCCUCGCGCCAGCGUGGUAUGCGCGGCUCCUACCCCGUUCGUCUUUUCUACACCUCGAACAUGCCCAUCAUGCUCCAGUCCGCGCUGUCCUCCAACGUCUUCCUCGUCUCGCAGAUGCUUUACAACAAGCUUCCCGACAAUCUCCUGGUGAAGAUGCUCGGUGUGUGGGAGGCUCGCGAGGGUACUGCCCAGGUUCUCCCAGCCAGCGGGUUGGUAUACUACAUGAGCCCACCUCUCAACAUCACCGAUGCACUUUUGGACCCCAUCCACACCGCUGUCUUCACCGUCUACAUGCUUGUUGCAUGUGCCGCUUUCAGCAAGACCUGGAUCGAAGUCUCCGGCUCUAGCCCACGCGAUGUCGCCAAGCAGCUGAAGGAGCAGGGCUUGGUUAUGGCUGGUCACCGUGAUGAGAGCAUGUACCGCGAGUUGAAGCGUGUUAUCCCGACUGCCGCCGCUUUCGGUGGUGCUUGCAUCGGAGCCUUGUCUAUCACCAGCGAUCUCAUGGGUGCAUUGGGCAGCGGCACUGGUAUCCUGAUGGCUGUUACCAUCAUUUACGGAUACUUCGAGAUUGCCGCCAAGGAGGGCGACAUGGCYGGUCUCAAGGGUAUGGUUAUGGGUUAG